ACGGCGGCGCGGCGUGGCACGUGGCGGAGGACAGCGCGCAGGCCGACGAGCUGGUUGGUGCGGAGGAGGUGUGCUUCCACCAGCGGCGGUCCGGACUUCUGGGCCACGACGGCGCCGCGGGCCAGGGCUCGGGCGGGCUCGCGGGCGCCCGCGGCGCGCCUCGCGCUGCCGACCGCGCUGCGCCCGCGGGCGCCGGCGCGCCUGCCGCCGAGGGCGCCCACCGCGGCGCGCCUACGGCCGACGGCGGGGCAGAGGCCCGGCCGGAGGCCGUGGCGCGCGGGGGCGCGCGCCGGCACCCCGAGGCGGCCGCUCUGCAGGCGGCCUCGUCGAUGGCCGCCGGGCACGUCGCGGCGGCCGAGCAGGCCUCGGCCGCGAGGGCCGCAGUGCUGCAGGCGUCGUCGCUCGGCGGCGCUCUGCCGCCGGAGCCCAGCUCGGGGGCGGCGAGGAGGCGCGCCGCCGGGGGCGAGGCUGCGGUUGCGCGCCAGGGCAGCGCUCGCGAGCAGGCCCUCACGGGGCUCGACGUCGCGAUGCUGCUCGUGGCCCUGGGCGCGAUCGUGGCCCUGUGCAGCUUCGCGCUUUACAACGAGUACCUCUACAGGCAGACGCGGAAGGGCUAG